UACAAUGCAGUGAAAUGCCAAAACGGAACAGGUUCAUUCCAGAGAGUACAGAUAUGUUAGAGUUUUUGUUUUUAAAUUUGUUGUUGUUUAUUUUGCUUCCUUGCUUGUUUUGGUUUUCGAAAUAGGGUUUCUUUGGGUACUAUUAUCUGUCCUGGAGCUAGUUCUCUGGACCAGGCUAGCUUCCACUUACUGAUCACGAUUAAAAAUGCCUGACCAUGCCGGGCUUCUUUGUUUCGUUUUGGGUCAGGAUCUCACCAUGUAGCCCUGAAUGUCUUUUACAGAAGUUCGCCUUCUAGAGUGUGGGCACCUGAACUUUCCUAAAAUGUUUUGAUACUUUUCGCUGAGUCAGUAGAGUUCUCCAAUCAGGGACCAUAGUACUAAAAGGAAUGAACUGUCCAAUCGGGAGCACGGAUAGUAGCAGCGUGCGUCCCGGAAGUCUUUUUAAUGCUUUGCUUAGUAACGGGAUCCUUGUGAGGACCUGUUUUGGGAGACUUUGUGUUCUGCCGACUACAGGCAUCUUUGGAAGGAAACCUAGACACAUCAGAAGCACGAAAUGGCCUCCUGAGGUGACACUGGCCACAGACACCAACACAAAUCCCAGCUGCAGCUGGACCAUGGACCCAGACAUGGUCCUUGGCAGCAACUUAGGCCCAGACGACAUCCUGGCUCUGCAUGGAAGGAAUGGCCAAUCAGGAGCCAGUGACCUUUGAGGAUGUGGCUGUGAACUUUACCUUAGAAGAGUGGGCUUUGUUGGAUUCUAGUCAAAAGAAGCUCUACAGUACUGUGAUGAAGGAAACAUUUUUGAACCUGAUCUCCAUAGAGAAAGCACUAGAAGAUAAUACUGAAGAGGACUACAAAGAUCUCAGCAGAAAUAUGGGAAUUCAGGUGAUUGAGAAAGACUGUGAAUAUGAAUGUGAUAGUGACUGUGAUAAAAACCAGGAAUCUAUUCCAGAGAAUAUUGUCAAUGAAGAUAUACCUCCUGGAAUAAGAGUUCAUGAAAGCCUAUUGCAUGUAAGAAAUGUUAUUAGUUAUUCCUUCUCACAUGGAUAUCUCAGAGACCAAACUAAAGGGAUACCAUCUCUAGAUAAGGAAGCUACAAGAAAAGCUUUUACAUAUCAGAAACGUUGGAAAAAUACCAGUCAUUUUGAAUCAAUUCAGGUACUUGAAACUCCGAAAGAGAAACCCUAUAAAAACCAAAAAUGUCAUGAAACCUCUAGGAGUCUCCCUUUUGAUCAGCCUCAGAAGAGAACUCACACUGGAGAUAAACUCAAAGAAAAUGACUUAACAAGAGACACAUAUGGCCAAAAUGAUGAAGGAAUUCAUAAAGAAGUAAAACCAUUUGUAUGUAAACUCUGUGAAGAAUCCUUCAUUGAUUCCAGUGAUCUUAUCAACCAUGAAAAAAGUCAUAUUGGAGAGAAAAGGUAUAUUUGUAGGCAACGUGGCAAAACAUUUAAUUAUGCAAAAUGUUUUGAAAACCAUAAAGUAAUUCACAAAGGAGAGAAGCCUUAUGCUGAUAAACAUUUUGGAAAAGCUUUCACACAGUGCAAUUAUCAUAAUAGUCAUGAAAGCAGUCAUAUUAGACAGAAGCCUUAUGCAUGCAAGCAUUGUGGGAAAGCAUUCACCAGUUCCACUUACCGAAACAUUCAUGAAAGAAUUCAUACUGGAGAAAAGCCUUAUGUGUGUAAGUAUUGUGGAAAAGCCUUCACCAGUUCUGCUCAUCGUAAUAUUCAUGAAAGAAUUCACAGUGGAGAAAAACCUUAUCCAUGUAGACAUUGUGAAAAAGCCUUCAGUGACUUAAGUCGUCGUAACAGACAUGAACGGAGUCACACUGGAGAGAACCCUUAUGCAUGUAGGCAUUGUGAAAAAGCCUUCAGCGACUCCAGUCGUCGGAACAGACAUGAAAGGAUUCACACUGGAGAGAAGCCUUAUACAUGUAAGUAUUGUGGGAAAACUUUUACCAAUUUCACUUCAUGUAAAGUUCAUGAAAGAAUUCACACUGGAGAGAAGCCUUAUGCCUGUAAGCAUUGUGGAAAAGCAUUUACCUGCUUCAGUCAGAUGAACGUUCAUGAAAGGGUUCACAGUGAAGAGAAGCCUUAUGCAUGUCAACAUUGUGGAAAAACCUUCAAAACUACUGCUUGUCGAAACUUGCAUGAAAAAAUUCACACUGGAGAGAAAGACUUUGUCUGUAAAACAUGUGGGAAACUGUUUAUUCAGUCUAGUGAUCUUAAGAAGCAUGAAAGAGUUCACUCAAAAGACAAGCCUUAUACAUGUAAGCAUUGUGGAAAAGCUUUCAGUGACUCCAGUAGUUGUUGCAGACAUGAAAGGCGUCACACUGGAGAGAAGCCUUAGACACAUAAGCCUUGUUAAAAAACCAAUUUCUGUUUGUAUAAGGCUCUUGAAAUAGUCCACACUGAAGUGAAACCUUAUGCAUGUAAGCAUUGUGGAAAAGCAUUUACCCACUCCAGUCAUCCGAACAUUCAUGAAAUGAUUCACACUGGACAGAAGCCAAAUGCAUGUAAACAUUGUGGAAAAACCUUCAACACUUCUACUUGGUGUAACUUGCAUGAAAAAAAAUCACACUGGAGUCAACCCCUUUGUGUGUAAAAUGUGGGAAACUUCAUUCAGUCCAGUGAUUUUAACAAGCAUGAAAUAGUUAACUCAAGAGACAAGUCUUAUGCAUGUAAGGAUUGUGGAAAAGGCUUCAGCUGCUCUGGUGAUCUUAACAGACAUGAAAUGUUGUUCAUGUCUGUUAAGCUUCACACUAGUUGGUAGCCUAAUACUGGUAAGCAUUGUGGGUAACCUUCACUAUUUCCGGUUGGCACAAAAGUAAUAAAAACAUUCACACUGGAGAGAAACCCUCUGUUUGUAAACAUUUGAGAAACUAUUUCUUUGUUCUUGUCAUUUUAUCCAGCAUAAAAGAUCUCACACUGUUGAGGAACCUUAUCAUCCUCAGCAAUGUGGGAAAGCCUUCACCCCUUGCAGUUUCUGUAACCCCUCAUACAAGAAUUUACAUCUGAAAGAGGCCUAGUGCGUGUGUGCAUUUAAGUAUUGUGCAAAAACCUUCAUCAGUUCCUGUUGCCAUGAUGUUCUUGAGAAUUCACCCUGAAUACAGGCCUUAUGUACAUAAUCAUGUGGAAAAUCCUUUAGAAGCUCAAAUACUCAAUUUUUUUCCCCACUGGUGAAAGACAUUAUGUUUGGAGUAAUGUUCAAAAAUAUGUAAAGUUUUUAGAAACCUUGUCUUUUUAAAUAAUCUGUUCCUGAAUUUCUGUGUUUCAAAUCCAUGUUCAAACCCAAAAUGUUCUCACAGUGAUAACUGCAGUGUGUAGAACUCUUACUACUAUUAACAGUGACAGUGCACUGGUCAAAUUCUUGUGUUGUGAGGUAUGAAAAAAAAUGUGGUUGAACCAUGAGAUGUAAUAGUUGGUAAUGGUUCUUGCCAGAAAAUGUGAUUAUCUCAGUUACCUUCGUGAAUCUUACCUGGUGGAAAUGGAAACCCACUUCCCAAAAGUUGUCUCCUGAGAAUCACAUGCACACAUCCUAAUGAACAGAGAGUGAGAGAUGGAAAUGAGCAAAGAAAUAAUGACAUUUUCAUAAGAGCAGAGACAUAACUAACAAAUACAAUAUUUUAAUGUGAAAAGAAACAGAUUGUGAGACUUGCAAAAGUGUAAUUUUAACGCCCAAUAUUUUACUAUUUAUAGUAUGAAAACCACUUGCAGUAUGAACAAUAAUAUCUUUUUUUGGUGGUGGUUUUGUUUUUUUUCUUUAGCUGGCUAAGGCAGCAGCAGCUUUGAAAACAGCUGUAGUGGUUAUAUACUUGAGAAUGGCCCAGUAGGCUAAUAAGUGUUCCCAUUGGUGGAACUGUUUGAGGAUGAUUAGAAGGUAUGGCCUGUUGAUGAAUAUCUGUCAGUCUAGACAGGUUUUGAGAUUUCCAGACAUUGACACUCCUAGUGUUGUCUCUCUGCCUCCUGAUUAUAGAUUAUCACGUGAGCUCUCACUUGUUCCUACCACCAUGCCUUUGCUCCGCCAUCACAGGCUCUAACCUUCUGCAAUUAUAAGCCCAAUAUGACAAAUCAUUUUAAAAGUUCCUUCACUAUUUCUGAUGUGUCACAGCUAUAGAAAGAAACUUAGACAACCACCUUGAGGCUUUAAGAAGAACCAAUUCCAGUCAAAAAAAUUUAUUGCAGACUUGUGAAAAAGCUGGGUGUCAUUUAAAAUGAGAUAAAAGUUAUGAAACUUUUCUCAUAUACUUGAAUCUUAUAUCAGAAAUAAAUACUUUCUGGAAGUUAUCCCAGGAAUUUCAGAAAAAAAAGUUUAAAAGAAGUACAUUAAAAUUUUGAACAUUUUUAUUAUUGGCUCAUUCCUAUACAGGAGAUUUACUUUGAAUUGUUUUAUUAGGAAGGCAAGACAUGGUUUCUGUGGUUACUCCAGGUUAUCUUCUCACAUCUGAAGAUUUGGAGCUAGGAAGCACAAAUGACAGAAGAAAAGAGAGAUUUAUCUUUCUGAGUCUGGGUUAGCACACUCAUUUUCUAUUUGAUUCCAUCUACCAAACAGUUUUUCAAUUUAGGAAUUCUUUGUGCCUGAAUAGUAGAGGGAAUAGCUGGAUGUGGCUGACAUGAGGGGGCACAUGUGAAAUCCUUGGAGGAAGAGAUUUCUAAUUAGGGAUGAAUUGAAGACAGUCAAUACAGGAGAGAAAUGAGGGACAAAUACCAAUGUUGUUUGGUAAUGGUUAAGAAGUAGUUAUUUUGUAAACAUCCAAAAUUUUAUACCAUACAUAGUGUGAAUAGUAAAUAUAUCUAUUAUAGAAAAUGUAAUAAUGAUAUAUAAUAUAUAAUAAAGGUGUGAAUACAAGAUUAUGUACACUCAUGGGUAAACACAGGCACAUAUUAAAUGAGAUUAUGUCACUUGUCUUGACAGUCCCUACCCCCAAGAACGCUACAUUAUUAAAAACAAUAGUACCAGGCAUGAGGAAUCUCCAUUUGAGUAUUUCAUGAUAGUCUAUGUAAUUCCUCAAGUAAUUUAACAUAUGACUCUUUCCUUUGGUCAUAUCUGAGAGGUUUAAGGUAAGUCGUAUUUGCCAAAGCAUCCCACGUUUUGGAGUAGGACUGGGAAGGGCUAACCUGGAUCUAACAUCAAAACCACCUUCAUUAGUCUGUCAUAGUAAUAGAUACAGUGCAAUUUGGCAAGUGGGAGAAGUAGUCAAUAGGCCUCCCAGCUGUGACUUCUGCUGUGAUUUAGAUGAGAAUGCCCCCCAUAGAUUCCUAUAUUUGAAUGCUUGGUUACCAGUUGGUGGAACUGUUGGGAAGGAUUAGAAGAUGUGGCCUAGUUGCAGAGGGUUAGUUACUGGGGUUGCUUUAAGGUUUCAGUGCUGACAUUGUUCCAAGUUAGCUCUUUCUCUCUGCCUCCAACUUUUAUAUCAUGAUGUAAGCUCUUAGCUAAUGUCCAUUACUAUGCUUGCCUGCCUGCUGCCAUGUUACCUGUAAUGAUAAUCAAGGGCUGUAACUUUUGGAAACAUGAGUGCCAAGAAGUGUUUCCUUUCAUAAGUUUUGGUCAUGAGGUCUCUUUGCAACAAUAGGAAAGUAACUAAGAACCAUAUGAAGCCAAACAGUGAUCAGCUUGGCAAGAUAUCAGUAAUGGUGCAAUAGUAGCAUCCAUGUCUUGUUGGUAACCAGCUACUGUAUAAUUAGAUUUAAGGCUUGCCCAACAGGAGGGGAAUCAUGCCUGGAACUAGCAAUGAUACCAAUGAAUCAGGAUAGUGAGAUCAUGAAUUUUAGAGAACCUACUUCUGCCACUUUCCAGGACUCCACAUAAUUCCUGAGUCUUAAAACUUAUCUUUAUACUCACAGAAGUAUAGCCCAUACCUUUCUGUAAACAAUCUCUCUAGAGCAAACAGACAAUUCCAGCCUUGCUUUAUUCUCCUCUUGCAUUUUGAGGAAAGGGGGAUGUAGAUUUGGAUACUUUCUAUUUUUACAGUGAUAUAAUCACUGAAUAAAAGUUGUAUCUGCUUCUUGUCAGUCUUAGUUCCUUUCCAGGUACUCCUCACCUCAUAUUUUCUCUAAAUUUGUUGACUUUAUGUUAAAGUUUUUAAUUUUGUUUAUUGAAAGAAUAGAUUAAGUGAAUGUAAUACCAAGGUCCAAGACAAGGAAGGCAUGUACGUUAAUCCCCCUGUUGUGAUACUGAUGAUGGGCAGUUCCAUUCUCUGACAUACACUGACCAAAAUGUAGCCAUGUGACUUAAGGAAAACUGUAAACAUGAUAGAAGUAAGGUCUGAAGGAUGUCCUUUAGGGGUUGCAUGAGCUAUGUCAUCUCUUGAUACCAACUUUAAAAUCAGCAUCAAAUAGCAAUUGCUUAGUGAUCUAAGUGUUUAAAAGAAUUAUCCAUUAUAACUAAAUACUAAUCUUUAUGAUUAUAUUAGACUUUUAGAUUUUUUUUUUUUUUGGUCUUUUUGAGACAGGGUUUCUCUGUGUAGCUUUGCGCCUUUCCUGGAACUCACUUGGUAGUCCAGGCUGGCCUCGAACUCACAGAGAUCCGCCUGGCUCUGCCUCCUGAGUGCUGGGAUUAAAGGCGUGCGCCACCAUCGCCCGGCUUAGAUUAUUUUUUAACCAUUUAAUGAUAAUGUCUCCACACAGUAGGGUGGGAAUACUAGACCCCCAGAGUAGGUUCUUUUAUUUUACAGACAUUUCACAUUGUAGCUGAAAGUUUUCCUGUGCUCACCUGGCUCCAAGAUCCCACAGCCUCUUAUAAAAUUCCUGUGUCCCGCCUGGUCCUGCAACCACUCAGACCCAAGUAAACACCUAGAGGCUUAUAUUAUUUACAAAUGAUAUGGCCUAAUGGCUCAGGCUUCUCACUAGCUAGUUCUUAUAUCUUAAAUUAACCCAUUUCUAUAAAUCUAUACUUUGCCACGUGGCUCUCGGCUUACUAGUAUCUUUACAUCUUUUGUUUCUCAUGGCGGUGGCUAGCAGCAUUUCCUCUGCUCUGUCUUUCUCCUUUCUCUCCAUCUGUUUGGAUUUUCUGCCUGCCUCUCAGCUGCCUUGCCAUAGGCAAAAGGGCUUUAUUUAUCAACCAGUCAGAGCAACAGUUUUUUCCACAGCAAACAGAAAGAUAUUACCUCAUCAUCACAUAACAUAACCAUGAGAUUCUAAAGGAAACGGUUUACCUUUUUUUUCCAAAUAUUGUAGCUACAUGAUUACAUUUUCCCCAAUAAUUCCAGAUUCAAUAAAAUAUUAAUGACGUAUCUGCUAAAGCAAAUUACAUUUUGUUUUAGAAAAAGAAUUCAAGUUUACACCCUGACAGUUAAGGCCUCUUGUGAAUCCUUACUUUCUGACUGGAAGCUUAGGCCUGGAUGACUAAUUAAAGCUGGAUUUCAGUGGAAACCAUGCUAUCCCAGUUCUCAGUAAGCCUUUAGGCCUUGGUUCUAGUCAAAUUAACUGGAAUCAACCAAUGUAAUGGCUCUAUUGCAUUGUCGUCUAUUAGUAAUACUCAAACUGCCUCAGCUACUAUUACGUUUACCAGGUCUCAAAUAAGCAGGAGAUAUGAGUUUCCAACCUUUGAAGCUUUUGACACCUGUCAGUAUGAUAUUUAGAGUGGUAUUAAUUGUUUUAUAAUAUCUUAAAAUGUUAGUUUUUUGGGUUUUUUUUGUUGUUGUUUUUUUUCGAGACAGGGUUUCUCUGUGUAGCUUUGCGCCUUUCCUGGAACUCGCUUUGUAGACCAGGCUGGCCUCAAACUCACAGAGAUCCGCCUGGCUCUGCCUCCCGAGUGCUGGGAUUAAAGGCGUGCACCACCACCGCCCAGAGAUUUCUAUAAAAUGAAUAUUACUUUGAUCAUGAAAAAUAGUUUUCAUUCAGGUAUGAGUUAACACUGUUACAGAAAUAUCAACCAUUUAUGUUGAGAAUUUUUUUAAUUUUACUUUAAUUAUGGUGAUUCUUAUGAGUAACCAAAAUAAUACGUCAAAAAUUUGUUUUAUUUCACUUGGCAUGAAUCUGGAUAAUAUACAUAGUAAGUCCUUGUUGAAUGAAUUGCUAUAGAUUACUUUCCAGAAGUAUUUUUCUAAAAUUUUUUAAUUUUAUUUUUCAUGCCUGUGGGUAUUUGGCCUGCAUGUUUCUUUGUACCUCAUGUACAUAUCUUGUGCCCAUGGAAGCCAACUUGGCUCUUUUUCUAUGAAAUUUCAUUUUUCUUUGUUAGGAUGACAGGAUAUAAAAUACCAAUCAAAAGUCACAUUCAAAUCUAAGAAUGUUUAUUCUAUACAAAUAAAAUUGUCUAUGCUGGUAAGUAUUAAAAGAACAAUAAUACCUCAUUUCUAAGAUAAUUUAAACUUAUAACAUUAAGAAGUAAGACUGAUGAACUGUCUACAUGUGUUCUCCUCUUUAAUAAUUUGUUUUCCCAAGUUUGAUUUUGUCCAAUUUAAUGUAAAGAAAAAGCUAAUUUAAAUACCAAAAUGGUGAUGUCUGUUCAGCCUCCUUAAAGUCUUACCAAUAAUUAGUUUAGGCUCUAUGUCAUUGACAUCCAAGUUUCUUAGAUUACAGUCAUAUCUUUAAAAGGACAGACUUUAGAUUAAGGAUUGCUGAUGCUAGUAAAAUAUGAUCAAAGAUCUAACCUACAGCCUAAUCUAAAAAUGAAAAUUGAUAUAUCUUUGCCUUUAAAAUGGUCUUCAUGAUACCUAUACAUGUAUGUAUUUUUGCAUGUUCUUUUUUAUAUUGUUUCCAUAGUAUAAUUUGGCUUAUAAUUAAGAGGUAUUUUAAUUAAAACUUCCAAGUUGGCCUAAAUUUCUUUUAUUUUUUAGUGUAAUUAGAGCCUUUUGAAAAUAAAAGUUAAAUUAAACAUGAUCCAACAUGAUAUUUGAUUAGUCAUCACCUCAGCUUUGCAUUUAUAAGAAGUCUAAAAUGCCCUUGUUUCUCUCAGGACAUAAUACCUUCUAUACCAGGGUUCAAUUUCAUUAUUAUGAACAAUAUCCUCAUCUUGGAAAGAGUUCAUUAGGCUUUACCAUUCCUAAAAUGUAAAGACUGAGAAAAUAAAUUAGCCCUGUGAUUUCAGUUUCCUAAGUAAUUAAUAUGGUUAAAAUAUAUCCCCAAGUACUCUGUUUCUUCAAAAUAUUUGUUUAUGUUUUCAACUAAAUGUCAGAAUGCUAAUUAACAAAUAGAGCCUUAUGUCAAGUUUAUUUAAGAGUCUUUCCUUGUCAAGCUUGAGCCAAGUAUUAUAUAUCAGACAAAUAACAUUUUAUUUAAAAAACCCCUUAGAUGUAUGUAUUUUAUUUUAUAUGUAAAAAUGUUUUGCCUACAUGUAUGUAUGCUCACUAUGCUUCAUUCCUGUGUAAGUCAGAAGGGGACCAGAUUCCUUGGAACUGAAGUUGUUGUUGAUUCUGAGUCUCCAAGUCAUUGCUGGAAAUUGGACCUUUGUCUUCUGUAAGAACAAUAAGUUCUCCUAACCCUGCACCAUCACUGUAGCAGCAGCAACUCAACUUUCAAACAGAGUUUUUAAAAUAUUUGAUCAACUGUCCUUCUGGGUGUUUGAUAUGCAUACUUGGAAACUCAUAUCAAUGUGGACAAUGACCAGAAGAAUAAUGUUUUGGACCCUAUCUCUAGUUCUUAUAAGUCCUAUGGGAUGUCAUGACACCUUGACUUUUCCUCCAGCUCUGAUAAAUCUCCUGACUCUGGUUCAGAGAGGUUGUGAGAAGGAAGAAUCAGAUGUUGGAUCUAAGCCAUGUAUACUCUGGACAAUGGAGAUUCAACAUGGGGAGAAAAUGCCAUCAAUGUUCCCAAGAGAAGUACUAUGGUCCACAAGGACUCUGACUCAUCUCAGAAGGCAAAACCCCUGUUAAAGGUUAAAGUAGAUGGUGACGCCUCUCAACCAAAAACUCAAGGACUGGAGUCUAAUUUGGCCUUAACAUCACAUGCUAUAAUAACAACACUAUUUUUAUAAAAGUAAGAAUAGCAAGUCAAAACAAUUAUAAUGAUGGCGAUAGUUAAUUUUUUGCCAUCCACAUCAGGAAAGUAUAACCAAAGAUGAAAAUGGUAUCUAUUAGACAAAGCUGUCCUGGACUUCCAAAGGGACAAAUGAUAAUUGAGGCCUUGACCAUUCUUUCCUACCAAUUGAGUCCUGGGUAAGAUGUAUUAACAUAUUGUGUAGAACAAUCUUAGCCACCCCAAGUAUAAUGCCAAAAUAUGCUUUAUAUUGAUCCCUUUAGAUGGGUUUACCUAAAUCUAUCAUGAGUCACAUCAUUUUCAUACUCUGAUUUUCUUAUUUUUCUUUCACUGCUGUAGGUACUCAGUGGUUAAAACUCCAAACUCUCUUUUCAUCUCUUCCACCAGCUGAUAGUUUCUCCAGGUUCUUUGUUUCUCACUGCAUUUUUAAUAUGUAGUCUCCAGCUAUUUUUUUGUUUUGUUUUGUUUUGUUUUCAUAGUCCAACAGAUCAUCACCCACUCCUGUCACUGACAACUAAAAACAAUUAGAAAGCCAUGUCUCACCAACAAACAUGUGCCAUGACUUUCUUGGUAUCCCUUGCCCUUUCAGAGAUCACAGAUUAUCAUACUUAUGCUACUAUUAUAUAAACUUUAGCAUCUUUGAAAAGGUUUGAGACAUUAAGUGGGACAUUAAUGUAGGUUCUUCUUGGUCUUGAGACAAAGCAUUCUAUAUAAUUAUUGAAACCUUAAGCUCUAAAGGAGCAAAAUACUCAGAUUAACAGCAUUCUGCAACUUUAUCCUCAUGGGAACUAAUAUAAAGAGAGACCAUGAAAGCAGAGUUAAAAUUCACGUCAGUAUUUUCUUAAAUUGAGAUGUGGGGAGGAUGGGCAGGGGAGAGAGGGUGAGAGGUUUUCUGCUAGAAACAUUUCAGCUGGUCAUGGCAGGGUGGACAAAUAUUCUGUGCAGCCAGGUCCUCCCAAGCGGUCUAACUGGGGGUCAAAGCCCUCUGUCCCUUGGCCUUUUUUUGCUACCAGUAUGCCAAGAGAGGCCACUGAAACACAAUUCCAAGAAAUGGCUGGUGGUGAUCCACUUCCUUAGUGAUGGGCUAGCUGAGCUGCCCCUGACCUUAGGUUAUUUUGUAUUGUUGUUUGCCUGCUUGAUUUUUCUGUUUUGUUUUUGUUUUUACCUCAUAAUGGAAAUAACAAAAUAUAGAUUGUUCAUGGUCCCUUCAUGAGAAAAAUUCUCAAAAAAGCCCAACCUCUAAUACAGUAACAAUUACAAUUAGAACAUUAAGCAGUUAAGUCAAUGUAGUAAAAUUUCCUGAGGUUUUAGUCAUUCAGAAUAUGAAUGAAAUUUUCUUCAUGUAUAAUAAAUAUGUAAAUGAAUGCUUAACUUUCAUAGUAAAUGACCUAAAAGAGCACAUUAUAAUUUUGAGUUAGAUCAAUUGGAUAUGCUCUUCUCUGCUUAUCAAAACUAAGGAUAUUUGUCUCUGCUCUUUAAGUUACUUUCUGGAGACUCCAUUUAAAUUAUACAAAACAUGUAUCACCUGAAGCUAAGGGGAUCACUAGCUUAUUAAAUGAUGCUGCUACUAAAGUGAUAGCUCAUAAAAAUUAAUCCCUUAGUGCUAAAGAGCCUGUAUAGCUAAUUGUGCCACUAAUUGAAAAUCAGGCUGAUUAUUUCUCCACACAAUAGUUAAUUGGCAGCUUACAUUGAUAUUCUACUCUAUCACAUGAAGGAUAGAGAUAUCUCUUGGGCGUGUAUAUAAAGUCUUUAUCUCAGGAUUUACAAAUUCAUUGGGUAUGUUUGGUUUAAAAGUCUGUAAAAUCUCUAACAAAAAUUUAGCUUAAACUUGUAACAAAAGGCUGAUAGUUAAAUCUAUACAAUGGUAAUUUUAAUUUGCUAUAAUAUACUACAUAUAUGAGUCAAUGCUUGUUUAAAUAAUAUGGGUCUCCUAAAGUAUACUGUGUAUACAUAACUUAAAUUCAUCUCUUGUUUAGGAAAAUAGAUGUUUUUGAAUAGCAACCACAAGGCUUGCCUCUGUCUAAGCAACCACAAGGCUUGCCUCUGUCUUCACCAAUGACCUCCUCAGGAUGGAAAAGACCAUGUGGCUGACAGCCAUCUUUAGUAUAUGCUAUGUAACUUCACCAUCAUCUUAAGAAGACCAGCUGGUAUAAAACAACUGAAGCAGCACCUGUAUUACUUCUUAGUCAUGCUGAGCCCUCUGCUUAUUUUAUCUUCUUUUUAAAUGAAGGGGGCAACAGAAGGUCUGCAACAUAUUUUGCAUUAAAAUGAAUUUUUAUAUGAUAAAUUCCUAAGGAUAUAAAGGCAUACUCAGGCUAACAAAAACUAGCUUAAAUAUGUACAUCUAACUACUAUGUCUUUGCUAACUAUAUAUCUACCCACUUACGUCUUCACUAAGUAUUCUAGAUAAUUUUAAAUAAAACCAGCAUGUUUCAUAAAUAAGGUAUGUUUAAUAAACAAGGUCUGAAUUCCUAAGGUCUAUUCAGGCUAGAAAAACUGAUUUCAAAACAUAUGUCUAACUUCUGUAUUUGUGGCUGUAUUUAUGAUUUAAAGUUUUAUUGUGAUGAUAAUUGAUCUUCAAAUUUGAAGGCUCAAAUUUAAUGAAUAUAUAUCACCAAAAUCCUCUUAUAAAAGCUACUAGCUCAUAAACGUGGAAGACAAUUAAGAAAUACAAGUUAAUAUAUCUUAUAAAUGAUCAAAUUAUUUAAUGUGCUCAGAACUAUAUUUAAGAGUCAUGAUAUUUAAACGUAACUCAUAAACAGAAGCUUUGUUUAGCCUUCUGCAUAUGUCUUCAAGGUUAAGCCUAAAGCAAGUGACUAAAACCAAAUAAUGUUUGUUUGAAAUUGGACAUACUUAAUAGAUUGUCCUCAAAAUCCUCCAAGAUAUACUAAAUAUAGCAUUUAAGAUGACCCAUGAUUAAUAAAAAAAUCAUCUGAAAUUAUAAUUCCAGCUCUAAUUUAUCUUUCUCAGAUCUCUGGUGAUAUUGAUAACUAACCAGAACUUCAUCAGUUUAACAGCAGCAUUAGCAAAACAAAUAACUGUAUCUUGUCUUUCAUUACUAAAACUUCAUUUUUAAAUUUUAUAUUUUUAUAUAGCAUAACAAUUGUUAAAAUAACAAUGUAAAUAGAUGUGAUCAAUUUUUUUAAAUUAAGUAGAAAUAAAUUGAAAUUUAAAAAUUAAAAAAAAUUGGUUAAUAUGAUGGCUAAAAUAUGCAAGCAUAAUUAUAUGUUUCUAAAAUUACUCUGGAGACAAAAAUGGUCAAACUAAAAGUACAUUUAAUAAAAAUUAAAUUAUUUAAAAGUUUUCACUUAAAAUUAUUUUUGAUACAGCAUGAGAAUCCGUUACAUCAUACUGUAUACAAAAUGUAAUAAAAAUUAAAGCCUUCUAACAACUUCCUCCAUAAAACUGUCGUGCUUUGAUAUUGUUUACAGUUAAUUUUUGUUUGAUAUUGUUAGCUUCAUGGUAAUUACAUAUAUGUGAAUAAACAUUUUCUGUGUAACAUUUUGUAGAUUUUUAAUAAAUUUUUAUAGUUUGUAUGUGUGUGCCAGCCCACACAUUCGUGCAAGUGCCAGAGGUCAGAAGAGGCUAUAGUGCCAUCAUUACCAGGAUGUCCCCCCACAAGACAACAGUGCCUUGGGUCAGUUAUGGGCAUGGAGAUAAACCACUACAGAGACAGUUUCACGGAACAUCAUCUGCUCUAUUGUACAUAAAUAACUGCAUAUAUAGUGGAAGCCUAUGGACUGUGAUUGGUUAGCACAUUACCUCUGAUUGGACAGUGAGCACUCAUACCACCAGAGUCUCUAUACAGAAGAAGCACAUUAAAGGAGACAUGGUGAGUGUCUCAUGUGUAGCCUAGCUAUGAUCUACUCAUGAUAUUUCAGAAUUCAGUGAUCUGACUUCUGAGAAUACUCAGGAACAUGUGCCAUGCUUCUUAAUUAGAAGGACAGUAUGCCAGAUGGGCUGGAUGGGACAUAACCGACAUUUCCUCCUACAGUGUAUGAUGCCCAAGAACUAUAAGCAGUUGUGAACUGCCUGAGAAUAUUAAGAUACAAACUCCAAUAUGCUGAAAAGAGCAGUAAGUGCUUUUAAUUUUUGCAUUAUUUCUACCCCUGCAUUUAUAUAAAUUCUGCUUUGUACUCACAGGAUUCAUCAAAUAAACAUUUGCAGUGUUUUAUUUUUCAA